GUUUCGAGUCUUUUGACCAUUAAAACCACAGCCACUAAAGUUUUGUCAUGUUCUUCUAUUACAAAACCUCCUCCUGCGAAGCAACUUUCCUUCUGAUUCAUAACUUAUUUCUAUCUUUCCUUCUGGGAGCGUGGAGGAUGGGGAGAAAACUCGUUAAAUACUUUGUGGUGGAUGCGUUCACAGACUCCGCCUUCAAGGGGAACCCCGCAGCGGUGUGCUUACUUGAGGAAGAGAAAGAUGAAAAUUGGUUGCAAGGUGUGGCAACUGAGUUCAAAUUAUCCGAGACCUGCUAUUUGACUCCCAUCGCUGACUCCGGUACUGUUAAUUCAAAUCCCAAGUUCCGUCUCAGGUGGUUUACUCCUGUUGCUGAGGUUGAGCUUUGUGGUCAUGCAACUCUAGCGGCUUCACACGCCCUCUUUUCUAAUGGUUUGGUAAAUUCUAACAUAAUUGAGUUUGUCACACUAUCUGGCAUCCUAACUGCUAAGAAGGUUCCUGAUGGCGAAGCAAAAGAUUGCUUUCUCGUUGAGUUGAAUUUCCCUGCUCUCCCAAUUACAGAAUUCAACUCUAUUGAUCUUGCACCAAUUUCUAAAGCCCUGAAUGGUGCUUCAAUAAUUGAUAUAAAGAGUUAUGCAGAUGACCUCUUUGUUGUGCUGCCGUCUGCAAAAGCUGUUACAGAAUUACAGCCACAGUUUGAUGAGAUGCUAAAAUGUCCUGGAAAGGGGGGGAUACUUGUUUCUGGGGUUGCUCCAUCAGAUUCUGCAUUUGACUUUUAUAGUCGAUACUUCUGUCCCAAAUUUGGGAUCAAUGAGGAUCCUGUUACUGGGAGUGCGCAUUGUGCUUUAGCCCCCUAUUGGAGCAAGAAGCUGGGCAACUGCGAUUUUAUGGCCUAUCAGGCAUCACCUAGAGGUGGAAUAUUAAACAUUCAUCUGGAUGAGCCGAAUCAGAGAGUGCUGCUGCGAGGGAAAGCUGUUACUGUGAUGGAAGGUUCUCUUUUAGUUUAGAUUUUGGUGGUAUUUCCACUGGGCAUAUAUUACUAAAUUGAAAUAAUGGCAACCAUUGAAUUGAAGAUUCCCUUUCCAAUCUCAAUUCUGAAAACUUGUUUUGUUGCCUUUCCCUAGAAGUUCAUUUUUUUCUCCUGAAUUCUGCAUUUGGAACCCUUGAAUGCAAUGACCAGCUCGUAUCAGCUUCUUUGCUA